AUGGCGAACAACAACAGCUCAUACGGUGAAAAUGUCAGUAGAAAAUCCCACACGCCUUCUGCUAUUGUUAUUGGUGGUGGGUUUGCAGGCAUUGCUGCUGCAAAUGCGCUCAGGAAUGCGUCCUUUGAGGUUGUGCUUCUGGAAUCCCGUGACCGGAUAGGUGGCCGAGUUCACACUGACUACUCUUUUGGGUUUCCUGUUGAUCUUGGGGCAUCUUGGCUUCACGGUGUUUGUGAAGAAAAUCCCCUGGCACCGAUCAUUGGAAGACUUGGGCUUCCACUGUACCGCACAAGUGGAGAUGACUCUGUCCUUUUUGACCAUGAUCUCGAGAGUUAUGCACUUUAUGAUACUAAUGGCUCUCAAGUCCCACAAGAGUUUGUAGAAAAGAUAGGGAAAGUGUUUGAGGCUAUACUGGAAGAGACUGGCAAAUUAAGGGAAGAAAUGAAGGAAGAUAUUUCUAUAGCUAAGGCCAUUGCAAUUGUUUUGGAGAAAAAUCCACACUUGAGGCAAGAAGGGAUUGCACAUGAUGUUCUCCAGUGGUAUUUGUGCCGCAUGGAGGGUUGGUUUGCUACUGAUGCGGAUGCCAUCUCGCUCCAGUGUUGGGACCAGGAAGUUCUUCUUCCCGGUGGCCAUGGUCUCAUGGUUCGUGGAUAUCGUCCAGUUAUAAAUACUUUGGCGAAAGGUCUAGAUAUACGCCUUGGUCACAGGUAUGCAUAUCUCUACUUUUCCUCUAAAUGUUAUGAACAUGGUUCCACCUUCUAUUUGUUAGUACUGAUCCAAACUCUUCUCCUCAGGGUUGUUGAAAUUGUUCGGCACUGGAAUAGAGUAGAGGUUACUGUAAGCAAUGGUAAAACAUUUGUUGCGGAUGCUGCAGUCAUCACCGUUCCCCUGGGUGUUCUUAAAUCAAACACCAUUAAGUUUGAGCCGAGGCUCCCGGAGUGGAAGGAGGAAGCAAUAAGAGAAUUGUCAGUUGGGGUCGAAAACAAAAUAGUUCUCCACUUCAGUGAGGUUUUCUGGCCUAACGUGGAGUUCCUCGGAGUAGUUUCAUCCACCACAUAUGGCUGCAGCUAUUUCCUCAACCUUCACAAGGCAACAGGGCAUGCCGUUCUUGUUUACAUGCCUGCAGGCCGGCUUGCUUGUGACAUUGAAAAGAUGUCGGAUGAGGCCGCUGCUCAAUUUGCCUUUUCCCAGUUGAAGAAGAUCCUCCCUAAUGCAGCUGAGCCGCUUAACUACCUAGUGUCACACUGGGGCUCAGACGAGAAUACGCUUGGCUCCUACACCUUUGACGGGGUGGGCAAGCCGCGCGACCUCUACGAGAAGCUCCGCAUCCCUGUCGACAACCUAUUCUUUGCCGGGGAGGCCACGAGCGUCCAGUACACGGGCACGGUGCACGGCGCCUUCUCCACAGGGGAGAUGGCGGCGGAGGAGUGCCGGAUGAGGGUCCUGGAGAAGUUCAGGGAGCUGGACAUGCUGGAGAUGUGCCACCCGAUGGCCGAGCAAACGGCCACCGUCUCCGUCCCGCUGCUCAUCUCCCGGCUGUAAACAGUCGCCUCCUAAACUACCUACCUAUUGUCGCGGCAGGUUCGCCGGCCGUUCAUUCCAGUGAUUGCUCGGAGAAGGCAGCGUGGGAGCAAUCUAUCCUUGCUCUUCCUCGUGGCAUGAGGCGUGUGGUCGUGUGACCCUGUGGUUUGCUGAAUAAAAUUACUGCUGGGUAAUAAAAGAUUGUGGGCGUCUGGUAUGUAUACUGUCAGCGUGAUGCGGGGGUUUGUGUUUGGUAAGGCGUUAUGAGCUACGGCCUACGUGACCAUCUUUGUAGGGCAGAGUUGGUGGUGUAGUAUGUGUGAUGAAACACUGUAAUUUUACUACAUUGACAUUCUUAAUAUUGGUGAUGAUGGCAGAUUAUCCCUGAA